CGGUUUUUUGGCGUGGUGGAUGUAGAGGUUUCGACCAUGUUUUCUGCUAAAAUUCCACCCAAACAUAGCCAGCAAACACCCAACGCAGCACAACACCACUUGCUUGCCCUUGCUUGUCCUUGCUGCAGGCUCUGUGAUGAUGAUGGCUGGUCGGUUCAGUGCAGCUGUGGCGAUGUGUGCCACCUUGCUUGUGCUGACAGCAGGCUGCGUCCACACUGUUCAAGGACACGCAUCCAUGGACCAAGUAGAGGUUGAUUUUGAUGCGAAGCCAAAUGGACAAACAUCUACAGCCGUCGCCAGCAUGAUGAAGCCGGAUGAUUCAGGCGAGGUGACCUGUGCGUUUGAGUACGCCGUUGUGGGCGGCACAAACGAGCAAUGGUUCAUCACCAUCGAACGGGCAGAUGACAUGUACCGCUGCGUCGUGCAAAGGCCAAAGGAGGCGUCUUACCUGUACUUUAUGACGUUCCGAUUGGAGAUGAGUGGAGUGGAUAGCAUCCAAAGCGUCGAGAUCAGGGACAACAACGAGCUCUUGGGCGAUGACCAAUACAACCUCAGCGACCUCACAGUGUCUGCGAGUGACAACUUUUCCAACGCCCUCGCCAGCAUCGCCGUCAUCGCGUCGUAACUGAUCUGAAAAAAAAAAAAACAACCACACACACGACACACACACACACACACACACACAC